CACAGCACGGCAAUUAUUAGUCUUUUCAGUGCUGGCAUUGAAUAGCUUCAAUAAAAAAUUAUAUAUUUCUUUCCCUUGUAAGAAAAAGCCAAACUUAAAAUUCGAGAUUUUUCAGCAGAUUGCAUAAUUCGAAUGGAAUGAAUGGGAUUUUAGCCUCGAUAUUCCCAACUAUUGUUGACUGUGUUUAUCUAUAAAGAUCAAAUUGCAGAGGCAGGACUUCGGAUUUCAGAACAGAAAACAGCGCUGAUCUUGGCUUGCUGUGUACCUCUCUCAAGGAUAUUGGACUUUUGGGUCCAAAAAAAAUGGAGUCUUGAAUCCCAAAAUGGUAUGUUGUGCCACUAUUCGAGGCGCCAGACAUGGGUGGAUAUGAAGGUCAAAAGUUAGAUGUUACCGAAUUCGGAGGAGAAAAGAUGUUCAAAUAGUCACCAAAUUGGCUUCUGAAUUCAACUAGAUAAACUCUGUUUAAGAGAGUUCAAAUUGACAUUACUUUCUGUUCUGUAUCAUUUUGAUGAUAGAUCAUGGAAUGUGAUACAAAGUGUUGAUGCAAUAUUAUUCUGUACGAUCUAAAAAUUAUAUAUGCAAUAUACAGUUUUAUAAACACACAGGUUUUUACAUCCAGAAAUCAAAUCAUAAUGGAAAGUUGUGAAGGAAAAGGACCAGUAAGGCAAUACAUACGCUCUAUGGUUCCUCGUCUUCGUUGGACUCCUCAUCUCCAUGGCUGUUUUGUGAAUGCAGUAGAACACCUUGGAGGACGAGAUAAGGCAACUCCAAAGAUGAUUCUUGAGAUGAUGAAUAUAAAGGGGCUUCAAAUCUCACAUGUUAAAAGCCACCUUCAGAUGUAUCGGUUUAGCAAGAAGGAUGAAGAAAACUAUGAACCGGCAUUUAGAAAUCUUCCAAAGCAGCAAAUUAGGAAUUACAAAGAUCAAUAUCUUAUAAACAACUGUGAUUAUCAACGUUCACUGAAGAGGUUAUGGACUGAAGCAUCCGAAUCUUUUGGCAUGGAGGGUGAAACAACAACAACAAGUCCAGAAGAAAGUACUUCAGUAGAACAACAUGCAAGAAUCAACAGAAAUUACAUAGAAUGUAUACAGAAUGAUAGAGAAGGAGACAGUUCAGUUUUGACCCACUGUGAUAUUCCUCCGUUUAAAGGCUGUGCAGAAAAUCAGAUGAUUGAGAUUAUAAAAAAUGCAUUACGAAAGAAGAGAAAAACAUCCAUGUUUUCAGAACAAUAUAUACCUGCAGGAGAACAUUUUGCAACUGAUUUUUACAACCGAGGAAAUUUGAACUCUACAUUCACACAGGCAAAUUUGAAGGGCAGUGAGGUUGAAAAUUUUGUUCAUUUAUUGGUAUCAAAUGAACAGUGUGAACAGAGAAAAGUUCAACCACCAUUGAUGAGGAGGGUCCCUUCAAGAUUAUCAUUGUUAGAAAGUCUACGUCAAGAAAGUGGAAAAGCAGCUACUUCUGAAGAGAGUACAAAACAAUGUGAUCUGAGUGACAAUAAUUUAACUCUUAGAAUUGAGAAUGAAACAAUGAAUACGUGUCCAAUAAAUUAUGGUGGGCAAAUUCAUGAUGGCUUUGAAACAGAAAAUGAUAUAAACUUAGAUUUGACAAUGUCUAUUUCGGCUGAUUAUACGAAAUACUAGAAAAUAUUGUUAUUCUUAUCGUUGCUAAGAAUAAUGAUCUAUGCUUUUUCCUGCAAUAUUAUUAUUUUUGUAUAAAAAGGUUUACUGAUUGAUGAUCUAUUUUUUUUUGUGAAAAUGAAGUAUUGGGCCCACAAAGGUUCCCUUUUUUUGGAGGGAAUGUAAAGCCAAACAGAUAUGUGAUCAAGCUGUGUGAAUCCAAAAUACUUGUUUCCUUCAAUUCUUGUGGACUAACAAAAAGGUCACCAUCUUUAGUUUUGAUGGUGUUGAAAAUGGGAAGUUGUUUAAAAGAAGUGCAGAUUUUAGGACUAUUAGCAAGUUUGGAAGUAUCCUU